AUCACCAACAACAUUACAACAACAACAGACAAGUAGCAAGAAAACAAAAUUUGUAUUAUCAGAUGAAGCAAGAAUGGCAUUCCAUCAAUUAAAAAAUAUAAUGACAACAGAUCUCAUACUUGAUAUACCUGAUGAUACAUUACCAUUUAAAUUACAAACAGAUGCAAGUGUAGAUGGAAUUGGAGCGGUUUUAAUGCAGGUUACUCCAAAUGGUGAUCGACCACUAGCUUAUAUGUCAAAAAAGUUAACAAAAACACAAACAAAAUGGGCGACAAUUGAACAAGAAUGUUAUGCAAUAGUACAAGCUGUCGAGAAGUGGGACAAGUAUCUUCGUGGACAUGAAUUCACUUUGGAAACUGAUCAUGAACCAUUAGUUAAUUUUUCAAAUAAAGAACAAUUAAACAAAAGAUGUGAACGAUGGAGAUUAAAAUUAGCAGAAUAUCGAUUUAAGGUGAAACAUAUUCAAGGGAAGAAAAAUAACAUAGCAGAUUAUCUUUCAAGAUCACCAGUGGAAGCAGCCGAAGAAGAUCCGGACGAACGAGUUCAAUAUGAAUCAACAUCAACACAAACAGAUUCAUCAUUAUCAACAAGCAAUAAUAAAUUAAUACCAUUAACAAUAAUAGCACCGGUUACUCGAGCUGCAGCCAAACAACAACCCAUGACGACAGCAUCACCAACAUCAACGAAUGGUAAAACAACGGAACUCAUCCCGCAAGGGAAAGGAGUGAUGAAUAAAGAUCCAACGGUGGAUGGAGAUCCAAAUAGGAUCAUUCCAUUUGACAUGGAGGAUUUAAGAAAAGAGCAAGAAGGAGAUGCGAUGGUACAAAGAAUAAAAAAGAACAUUAAAAAACAUAAACAAUAUAUAUUAGAAGAUGAAGUAUUACUGAAAAAACAAAAUUCAACACAUCCUUCAGUACCAUUCGUUCCACAAGGAAGAAUACGAGCGGAUAUUUUAAAAAUUUAUCAUGAUACACCUGCAAAUGGUGCUCAUUUCGGUCGUGAGAAAACAACAAGAAAAAUACAAGAACGUUACUACUGGCCAACGAUGACUGCUGAUAUUCGAAAUCAUAUACAAUCAUGCUUAUCUUGUGCACAAAACAAUCAUCAACGUCAGAAACCUCCAGGAAAACUCAAACCAAUACCACCACCAGAUGGAAUAUGGAAACUACUUAGUAUGGAUUUUCAUGGUCCAAUAACACCAACAACUCGUCAAGGCAACAGAUAUAUUAUAUCAUUAACGGAUGUAUUAUCAAAAUUUGUUAUAGCAAAAGCUGUUAUAGAUUGUUCAGCAGCAACAACAGUAGACUUUCUUACGAAAGAUGUUAUUCUAAGAUAUGGAACACCAACAUGUAUAUUAACUGAUAAUGGUACACAUUUCACAUCUCAACAUACAAAUAAUUUAUUUCAAAAACUUGGUGUUACUCAUCUAUAUACAACAGCAUAUCAUCCGCAAACAAAUGGACAAAUUGAAAGAUUCAAUGCUACAAUGGAUGGAAAAAUAGCAGCAUUAUGUAAUGAACGAC